AUGGCGAAUACUACUGAUCCUAUCCAAAUUGGUGCACCGUGCACUAGACACGAUAUUUCCAACAUAACGUACUCGGAACAGAGGCGGAAGGCCUUCAAAGAUUACCAGAGCAAAUUGGAGCAGCUUCAAGAAGUAUUAGAAACAUGUGCGACUAACGUCAGAAAGAUCAGUGUGGCUGUGGUUUUGGUCGAUGGGAUCGGGAAAUUUCAGGACCAAUUAUGCAGCGCUUCGGAUGUCAUGCGAAGGACCAUUUGUCCGCUUUGGGGCGAAACGACACCUUCAAAAACAAAAGACCAACCUGUAUCCGACUCCCUUCCAGAGGAAUUUGAGGCGCUAGCGCAGGUCCUCGAAAAAUUCACUUCGGCUUUAAAAGUUCUGCCGGGUUUCGAAUUUAUUCAGUCCCAUGUCGUGGAGGAGGUGCAUCGGUCAUUCCUCGCCCUCAAGCAAGAUCUGCUAUAUUGGAGUAUCAAUUUACGCCAGUUCUCUGGGACUUUUUAUAGAAAUGCUUCCCGUCACCACAUAUCUACAAUAGCGGACCUUAUGUCAAAUCAUUUGGACGACAUCAGAAAGGCGCUCGAGGAAUUCCUUGAUUUCGGUUUAUACACAAUUAGAUAUUAUGAACGACGUCCAACAUUCCAAAAUCUGUCGACAGUUGCCACCCUCUUUGCUGGGGUGUCUGCAUCUACCAUCCAGCUUGGUUACGAUGGCCAUAAGCAAACAUUGUUCAAAGCUGUCCAAUUUCUGUGGAUACUUUCACUUUGCUUCGCUAUCGCUAGUGCUAUCAGUAGUCAAUUCAGUUAUCAAUGGUCUUCAGCUGUGUACAUGAAGUCGGACGUGACACCCCCACGGUGGGUCUCAACAUGGAUCGUGACCGCUCCUUUUACAUUCCUGGUGAUAUCGGUGGGAUCGUUCGCCAUUGGCAUCGCCUUCUUCACGUUUUUGAAGUUUGUGGACGCUAGAUACAUCUACAUUUGUGUAACUAUUGCUUUAGUGAUAUGGGCCAUUGGGUCAAUCUGCGUGUACAUCUGGUUCUUCCUCGAUCUUAAAACCAUCACGGCAAAGCGGAUUGGGGAUGUUCUCCAGGUGGAUGACAUAGAAAAGAAUCUAGCUCGCCCUAAUCCACAGAAUCAGGUGGUACCCCCUGCAGCCAAUCAACCUCUUCCCCCAAGACAGCCGAUCAGACGCAAGACCUUUGAACCUACUGAGUGGGACCGCGUAGUACCCCUCCUGUGGAAGCUGGGCAGUGCACGCCCCGAGCACAAAACAAAUGACAGAUUGCGGAGGCUUAUCAUGCGUGUAGUUGAGCAUAAUCGCACAUCAGGUCCUGGCCGCGACCGUACUCGAAUUAGGCAGGAAAAUAAUUGGAAGAGGAUUGAUAGCAACAGGAUGGCAUUUCCUUCGGGGGCCUAUUUCGAUGAAUGGACUGGGAUCCAUGUUUCAGCUGUUCACGACAUCCAGUUCAGUGCGGACGGAAAGUACAUGGCAACCUGUUCGCAAGACCAAAAGAUUGUCAUUUGGACUGUAGAUCCGUCCGACGGUGUCAAUGUUCUCCAUUCAUCGCUGCCCAUUCUGACUUCCCAGCUGCUUCGCCUCUCUUGGCACCCCAAAUACCCCUUAUUGGCAGUGAUGCCAGCCAGGAGUACUGCAUUGAUUAUCUGUGACAUCUCAGAUACUAGUCACCCCACCAUUAGUCCCCUUAGGACUAACUUCAGCACUCCAGUGAGGGCUAUUGCUUGGAUGCCGAACAACAAACAUCUCGUGUAUGGUGAAGAUCAUCACAUCCGGUGUAUUGAUGCAAAAUGGGAUAGCCCAUCCAAUGUACAGAAUGUCGAACAGAGUGUCGAAUGGGAUAUUGAACUUUCAUAUUCACUUGACGAAGUUGCAAUAACCCCAGAUGGUACUAGGGCCAUCGUGAUUUGUACGGUGGAUAAAGUGGAUACAGGGGGUACUGAGAAAAUCAAGCCAUCAAGAUCCCCUCCUGAACGAAGGAUUAUCUUAAUCAACAUAGAAGGACGAGAGAUAAUUUUUGAGAUGCCAACCCUAAACCAAGUUCGCGGUUUAGAUAUAUCCUCUUACGGAGCCUUGGUACUCGUCACAUACGAGGGAAAGGCAUCUCCACAGCUGUUCCGUAUUCACUCAGCAAAGCUGGUCCUUUUACAAACAUACUGCUUGCCUGAAGAGGUAGAAUACUCAGGUUGUGGCCAGCUCGGUUUCCCCGACUGGACAUUUGGAGUGGACGGAUUACGAAAAGAUGACUGUGUUGUGAUAUGUGCUAACAAAAAAGGCACCAUAUUUAUUUGGGAUCGUGAAUCAUCCGACCUCUUAAACACCUUGGAAACACCCCUUGCCCCCGCUUCUAGUUUGACGGGGUUUGCAUGGAAUCAUGGAUCCAUCAAGAACCCAAUGAUUGCGGCGUCUUCGACAGAUGGGACCGUCUGGUUGUAUAACCCGCAAAGUUCGGACCCUGGCGCAGCCGACCGGCAGAGUAUGAUUGCGAGCACCCAUCCCUGA